AAUAGUUUCUGUCUCAGAAUCAUAUGGUUGCCUGAGUGUUUAAUUAAUGACAAGAAAAUCUGUGUGUUUUUGUUCGUAAGUGAAACGGCAAAAAUAAAUAAUUAUAUUUUUAACCAUUAGUGGAAAAAGUCGUGAACGGUAGUGUUACUGGAUUAUAACUUAGUGUGAAGUCACAAAGGAAGCGGAGAUGCUUCAUUCCGAAGAGGGAAAAAUAAAGCAGUAUUUGUCGAAGUACCAGAAUCCUGAUGCAACAAGAAAUGAUGUUAUGAAUGCUCUAGACCAGUACCGUGGCCUAGGUGCUCACUAUGAACCAUUUGUCUUCAAUGAUGGAUCACAAAUGGAGCUGUUUAACCUGCAAGGAACAAUCCCUGUAAAUUACAAGGUUUUCUCCAAUGGUCUUACGAAGAAUCUAGUGCAUCUAAGUGGAACAAUACCUGUCCGCUUUAAAGGAAAUGUAUAUAACAUACCGGUGUGCAUUUGGUUAAUGGACACUCAUCCAAAUAAUGCUCCAAUGUGUUACGUAAAGCCAACUCCAGAUAUGCAGAUCAAAGCAUCAAGAUACGUUGACUUCAGUGGAAAGGUUUACCUUCCAUAUCUUCAUGACUGGGUUCCAACUCAGUCUGAUUUGGUUGGCCUGAUACAGGUUAUGAUAGUGACAUUUGGAGAGCAGCCACCAGUGUUUGCUAAAACAAGGUCUGAUGUCCCAACCAGCACACCUUACCCCACACAUGCAUAUAUGCCAGUUCCUAAUACUGGUUCCAGUGGGCCACCUCCACGGGCAACGCCUUAUCCUCCUUAUCCUACUGGCACACCAUAUCAACCUCCUACCUCAACACCGUAUCCUCCAUACCCUACAUCUUAUCCUUCCAACCAACCAGGUUUUCCACCAUAUCCUCCACUAUAUCAGAGCAACAACCAGGCUGGGUAUCGUGGAUACCCUCCAUACCCAACACAGAACCAAACGUCCUCUCCACCCACAAACUCUUCGGGGAAUUCUGGUGGAACAACUGGAACCAUCACAGAAGAACACAUCAGGGCUUCUUUGCUAUCCGCUGUUGAAGAUAAAGUGCGCCGUAGACUUCGAGAACAGUUCUCUCAAAUGCAGGCCGAGAUAGAAACUCUGACUCGUACCCAGCAGGAACUAACUCAGGGCAAAAAUAAACUUGAUGACAUUAUAACAAGAUUGGAGAAGGAACAGGUUGAACUUGAUAAGAACAUAACUGUCCUGGAGGACAAAGAACAAGAACUGGAGAAGGCUAUUGCUCGAUUAUCUGAACAAGAAGCUAUUGAUGUUGAUGAAGCUGUAACAACAACAGCCCCUCUUUACAAGCAAUUACUUAAUGCAUUUGCUGAAGAGGCGGCCAACGAAGAUGCUAUUUAUUAUAUGGGCGAAGCACUGCGGCGUGGUGUGAUAGAUUUGGAUGUCUUCCUGAAACAAGUACGCAGCCUCUCACGUAAACAGUUUAUGUUAAGAGCAUUAAUGCACAAGUGUCGUCAAAGGGCAGGACUUGCCGGGUAACUCAGUUGGUGCCAUUAAGGAGUGUAAAGAAUUUUUCUUUAUGAUGGUAAAGUAACUGCUCAGAUGUCAAGUGUUUCAGACAGCCACUGUAUCAUCAUGCAGUAAUGUGUAUAUUGUCAUAUACUUGUUACAGGUGAUAUAUUUAUACAUGUUGUAAUGCCUUUGUAACUGGAAAAAUACAUGAUAUUAUACUGGAA